ACAAAAAUAAUAUAUUUCAAUUAAUUAAUUAUUCUAAUGAAAAUGAUGAAAUGCAUAUUGAUGACAAUGAUUUUUCAAGUAUAAAAUUAGAGACUGCAACUAAGAAUAACAAAAAAUAUUUAAUAAAAUCAGUUGAUAGUUUUUAUGAAACUGAAAAAAGUGAAGAAGAAAUAAAUAAAUCUAAGAUUGCAAAUAAAUUUAAAUUAAAUGAGAUUACUUUAGCUAUGCAUUAUGUUCCUUAUCCUCAUGAUUCUAAAACAAUUGCUAUUGUUUUAGAAGAAAUUAUUAAUGAUUGGAAGUUAAAUAAUAAAUUUCAAAAAGCAUUAGAUAUAAUGUUAGCAACAUUGGAUGCUAAAUCUGAUUAUAAUUCCAAAACAGAUACUAAACAACUUCAUGCUAUUAUAUUAACUAAAAAUGAAUGGCAAAUAUUAAAACAAUUAACAAAUUUAUUAGCACCUUUUGCUGAAGCAACUACUUUGCUUGGAGGUAGUACCUAUUUUACUUUAAGUUUUAUGUUAUCAGCAAUUAAAGUAUUAUUACAAAAUUGUAAACCUAAAGCAAAUGAUUAUAAGGAUUAUCAAAUUAAAUCUGAAUUUGAUAAUAAUAAAUAA